CCGAUAUCUGUAAUCGUUUGUCUAGGUGCCAGCAGUGGUUUCACUCCAGCAGUUUAUGAUGCUUUCAAGUCUUUCUGGGAUCGUGUGCAGCCACACGCUAAGAGAAUGGUCGAUAUCACUGUGGCAGGUCCACUGCGCCAGUUUGUUAAAGUGCUUUUCUCUUCCGACAAAAUGGUGGUCGAAUCACUCCAUUCAAAUAUGGAUACGCUGUCUUCUGUUGCUGUCAUGGCUCUUUUAGGCCUGUCUGCGCUUUCUGCUCUGACAUUCGUCGGAUUCCAGUUGCACGACGAAACGGCUCACAUUGCCCAGCUCGCUACAAACGUUGUCAAUUCUCGCCCAGACUGGCUUGGUGCAGCAAUGAAUUACACGGAGGAUAAGCUUGAAGACCACCAAAUCGAUAUUAAUGAUUACAUGAAACAGGCUUACGAACAUGGCCGUAGCUGGUUAGCUUCC